CCGGUAACCGUGCCGCUGCGGCGAUCUCGUGCCAGCCGCCGCCGACUCCGGGUGCCCGAGCAGUCAGGCUGGUAUUUUGCUCUUUUGAGACAAGGUCUCUCUGUGUAACUCAGGGUUACAGGGAUUAGAAGGAAGAAGGUUUUAGAUGCCAGAGCCGUUUAACCGAUGGUUUAGCUGUUGAAUUCUGACACUUCUUUUGCCAACCUGUUCGUUGGGAAAAAUUCAGAAAAAACAGACGUGUAUAUCUACAUCGGCUAUGGCUAUACCAAUAACAGUGCUUGACUGUGAUCUCUUGCUGUAUGGCCGAGGUCACCGGACCUUGGACCGUUUUAAACUGGAUGAUGUGACUGAUGAAUAUUUGAUGUCCACGUAUGGAUUUCCACGACAGUUCAUUUACUACUUAGUGGAACUCUUGGGGGCAAGUCUUUCUCGACCUACUCAGCGAUCUAGGGCUAUUAGCCCAGAAACUCAGAUCCUGGCAGCAUUGGGCUUCUAUACCUCAGGCUCCUUCCAGACUCGGAUGGGAGAUGCAAUCGGAAUUAGUCAAGCCUCCAUGAGCCGAUGUGUUGCCAAUGUCACUGAGGCCCUCGUGGACAGGGCCUCACAGUUUAUUCACUUUCCAGCGGAUGAGGCCGCCGUCCAGUCUCUGAAGGAUGAGUUCUGUGGGCUGGCAGGGAUGCCGGGAGUCAUAGGGGUGGUUGACUGUAUCCACGUGGCAAUCAAGGCACCGAAUGCUGAAGACCUCUCUUAUGUGAACCGCAAGGGUCUGCAUUCUUUGAACUGUCUGGUGGUGUGUGACAUCAGAGGGGCACUAAUGGCUGUGGAGACACGCUGGCCAGGUAGCCUCCAGGACUGUUCCGUGCUACAGCAGUCUUCUCUAUGCAGUCAGUUUGAAACUGGGAUGCAUAAAGAUAGCUGGCUUCUUGGUGACAGUUCCUUCUUUCUCCGCACCUGGCUCAUGACUCCACUUCGUGUUGCUGAAACCCCAGCAGAGUAUCGCUAUAACAGGGCCCAUUCUGCAACCCACAGUGUGAUUGAGAAGACUUUGCGAGCCCUCUGCUCUAGGUUCCGAUGCCUGGAUGGAUCGAAGGGAGCACUGCAGUACUCGCCGGAGAAAUCCAGCCACAUCAUCUUGGCUUGUUGUGUCCUUCAUAACAUUUCCCUGGAACACGGGAUGGAUGUUUGGUCCUCUCCAGUGAUCGGACCCAUUGAACAGUCACCUGAGGGCGAGUGUGAGCUAAUGGAGUCCCUGGAUUUGGAGGCUGACCGAAUCCGGCAGGAACUAAUGCUCACUCACUUCAGCUAGUGUGGAAGGUAGAAGAAGGAGACUUUCUCCUUAUCAGCCCAUCACCAGGUUCUGGCAUCCAGUGAGACUGAAUGUGCACACUUGCCAUAAAUUAACAUUCAGUGUUUUAGAAGGGCAGGAGGUGGGGGAAAGCAUGCCAGCAGAUGUCAGUCAACUAGACCGAAACGAGACAAUGUUUCCCUGAUGUGCGGUGAGGCCACGCCGGGCACCACUCUGUUUCCCUGGUGUGCAGUGAGGCCUCGCCGGGCACCACUCUGUUUCCCUGGUGUGCAGUGAGGCCACGCCGUGCUCCACUGUUUCCCUGGUGUGCGGUGAGGCCACGCCGGGCACCACUCUGUUUCCCUGGUGUGCAGUGCAGUGAGGCCACGCCGUGCACCACUCUGUUUCCCUGGUGUGCAGUGAGGCCUCGCCGGGCACCACUCUGUUUCCCUGGUGUGCAGUGAGGCCUCGCCGGGCACCACUCUGUUUCCCUGGUGUGCAGUGAGGCCACGCCGUGCUCCACUGUUUCCCUGGUGUGCGGUGAGGCCACGCCGGGCACCACUCUGUUUCCCUGGUGUGCAGUACAGUGAGGCCACGCCGUGCACCACUGUUUCCCUGGUGUGCGGUGAGGCCACGCCGGGCACCACUCUGUUUCCCUGGUGUGCAGUGCAGUGAGGCCACGCUGUGCACCACUGUUUCCCUGGUGUGCGGUGAGGCCACGCCGGGCACCACUCUGUUUCCCUGGUGUGCAGUGCAGUGAGGCCACGCCGGGCACCACUCUGUUUCCCUGGUGUGCAGUGAGGCCACGCUGGGCACCACUGUUUCCCUGGUGUGCAGUGCAGUGAGGCCACGCUGGGCACCACUCUGUUUCCCUAAUGUGCAGUGCAGUGAGGCCACACCGGGCACCACUGUUUCCCUGGUGUGCAGUGCAGUGAGGCCACGCUGGGCACCACUCUGUUUCCCUAAUGUGCAGUGAGGCCACGCCGUGCACCACUCUGUUUCCCUGGUGUGCAGUGCAGUGAGGCCACGCCGUGCACCACUGUUUCCCUGGUGUGCAGUGAGGCCACGCCGGGCACCACUGUUUCCCUGGUGUGCAGUGCAGUGAGGCCACGCUGGGCACCACUCUGUUUCCCUAAUGUGCAGUGCAGUGAGGCCACGCCGGGCACCACUGUUUCCCUGGUGUGCGGUGAGGCCACGCCGGGCACCACUGUUUCCCUGGUGUGCAGUGCAGUGAGGCCACGCUGGGCACCACUCUGUUCCCCUAAUGUGCAGUGAGGCCACGCCGUGCACCACUCUGUUUCCCUGGUGUGCAGUGCAGUGAGGCCACACCGUGCACCACUCUGUUUCCCUGGUGUGCAGUGAGGCCUCGCUGGGCACCACUCUUUACUGUUCUCUGGCUGCAACUGUAAAACCGUAGUAAAGGAGAACAGCACAUAACCAAAGCAUUUGUUGUUCUGGAGAUCUCAAAUGAAAACAAUGUUUUUCCUGAUUUCUUCAUUUCCUCCCUCCUUCCUUUCUCCCCUCCCUCCCUCCACCCUUCUUUUCUUGCUAGUUAGUUUGAGACUUUUCUUCUCAAAACUGAUAGCACAGACUGCCCUGGUGCUCACUACAUUGCCCAGGUUGGCCUGGCCCUUGUAACAGCCCUCCUUCUUCAGCCUCCCAGGUGCUGGGUGACAGGUGUACGAAUGACAUCAUGCCUGGUACCCUGAUUCUGCCUGGUGACAGGUGUACGACAUCGUGCCUGGUACCCUGAUUCUGCCUGGUGACAGGUGUAUGAACGACAUCAUGCCUGGUACCCUGAUUCUGCCUGGUGACAGGUGUACAUCAUCGUGCCUGGUACCCUGAUUCUGCCUGGUGACAGGUGUACGACAUCAUGCCUGGUACCGUGAUUCUGCCUGGUGACAGGUGUACGACAUCGUGCCUGGUACCCUGAUUCUGCCUGGUGACAGGUGUACAUCAUCGUGCCUGGUACCCUGAUUCUGCCUGGUGACAGGUGUACGAACGACAUCAUGCCUGGUACCCUGAUUCUGCCUGGUGACAGGUGUACAACAUCAUGCCUGGUACCCUGAUUCUGCCUGGUGACAGGUGUACGAACGACAUCAUGCCUGGUACCCUGAUUCUGCCUGGUGACAGGUGUACAACAUCAUGCCUGGUACCCUGAUUCUGCCUGGUGACAGGUGUACGACAUCAUGCCUGGUACCGUGAUUCUGCCUGGUGACAGGUGUACAACAUCAUGCCUGGUACCCUGAUUCUGCCUGGUGACAGGUGUAUGACAUCAUGCCUUGAACCCUGAUUCUGCCUGGUGACAGGUGUACGAACGACAUCGUGCCUGGUACCCUGAUUCUGCCUGGUGACAGGUGUACAUCAUCGUGCCUGGUACCCUGAUUCUGCCUGGUGACAGGUGUACGUCAUCAUGCCUGGUACCCUGAUUCUGCCUGGUGACAGGUGUACGACAUCAUGCCUGGUACCCUGAUUCUGCCUGGUGACAGGUGUACGACAUCAUGCCUGGUACCCUGAUUCUGCCUGGUGACAGGUGUACGUCAUCGUGCCUGGUACCUGAUAUUUUGUUUCUCACCUUUGCUGUCUACAUGGGCAAAUAGAAUGACUUUAGUUGAGGAAUAAUCUAAGUGAACACUUGCCUAGCGAGUGUGAAGUACUGAUUCCUAGAACUGAGAAGAAAGGAACUGCUAGUCUGCAUUUGCAAGAUGUUCUGAAGAGGACAUUAAGGACAGUGGGAAGCCGCCAUCCUGAGUGUGCCAGCACUAAUUGGACUAUGAUUUGGAUCUAGUUCCUGGGGGGACAUCUGAACUCCAGUCUCCUAGUUCACUCUUGAGUCAGAGUUAGAGGACAAAUGGGAGUAAAGACGAUAAUUUAAAUAUAGUUAAAACACGUUUAUACUUUACAGAGAAUCGAAAGACCCUGGCAGUUCAACAAGAGAUUCCCACAAGUUUACAAAAUUUCAUAUCUGACUAGACUACUUUUGGGGGGUAGGGGAUUGAGACAGGGUUUCUCUAUAGCUUUGGAGCUUGUCCUGGAUCUAGUUCUGUAGACCAGGCUGGCCUCAAACUCACAGAGAUCCACCUGUCUCUGCCACCCAUG